ACUGUCAUUCACAAUUAAUUGUACAUGUCAAAUAGUUUUGCGUGUUUUAAAAUUUAAGUGAACAUUUUAUCAGAAUUAUGAGGACGAAAAAAAGGAGAGUAGUAAAAAUUGAUUAUCCUCCCUUAACAACUAGAAAGUGGAUUCCUCCAGAAGAAAGACCAAAAAGACGUAAAAAGCCUCCUGCCUAUAUAAAACCGGAAGGUAUUGAUCAAAAAUUAAAAAUCUCUAGUCUUAGAAAGAUUUGGCAUCAGUUUGUAUACUAUGACAAAACGGCUAUUUUAUUGGGACACUACGGUCAGACAGCAAAGAAAUAUUAUGAUAAAACUAGAGGAUUACAAGGUUCCUGCAAUUGUGCCGUAGCUUGUGUUUUUGCGUACUUGUUUCCAAUGGAUACCUGGAAUUCGUCAACGAUCGACAGAAUUUUAGAUAUAGGUGACAAUUUGUAUGUUAAAAGUAUUCAACAGGAUCCAGAUCGAUGUUUAAUCUACGUAACAACAAAUAAAAUUCAUCCUUCGAUAUUUUUGGAUCGGGACAAAAUCACAUUCGAUAUAGAUUGCAAGAACCGUAUAGAGGAAAAGUUAGUAUCACGAAUUAAACGAUUUCAUUCGGCUGCUGAAGAUAAAAUUAAGGAAACAUUGAAUGAAGCCGUCCAAAAAUUUUUUAAACAAUACCCGUCAGGUAUAAUCACGUUGCUUGGAAAAUAUUUGGCUGUAUGGAUCCAAGACCAUGCAUAUUAUUUAUUUGAUCCCACAGAACACACUGAAGAUGGAUACCCAGCUUACGGACUUCAGUGUCAUGUUGCUUCACUGGAACAAAAUUAUCCACGAUAUCCAUUAAAAGGUGAAGGAUUUGCGGUAGUGUAUCGGUGUUUAACAUUGGAUGAUUUGAUUUCUAAAUUAUAUCUGAAUUUAAAUGUUCACAUUCCUUGCGCUACAUUCACCUUAGAGGGAUGCACUGUUCAAAGGUUCAUUCAUCUCGAUUUAUGUCCCCCAAGUCGACUAGAAGAGGUUGAAUUAAUUAAAACUGAAAUGACAAGUUUACCGCAAGGACCGCUACAGGAACAGAAAAAAACUGAACUUGGUCGUGAUGUCACUACAGAAAAUCUUCGGAAGUAUUUUGAUGAAUUGCAAGACGAAUGUUGGGGUGAUACACUGCAAAUUAUGGAAUUGGCGCCAGAAGCAGGGGAUACAUUAUCACUCUCCAAACGUCCAUCAUGGUUACAAGAACCUUAUUUAAAAGCUGAUGUUUGUAAAUUUCCUAUUCCCUUUAAAGCUAGAACUGAUGUGGUUAGUUUUUAUGUGGAUAUUGAACCCGAUGGCUCUAAAAGUAUUAUAAGAGCCGGUACCCAUCAUGCAGAUCCAAGUUUCUCAAAAUACAAAGGUCGUCAAAGUAUGGGUAAUGCUAUUUCGGCAUUAACGAUGCUUAAAUUCCAUAAAUCAAAGCAUUGGGUACCUUCCUUGUUAAAUAAAAUCCUUAAACAUGGGGAUCUACUAUAUAGGGAUGCGAUGAUAACUAUAAGUAGAAGUCAAGAACUAAAGCUAUCGAACUUCCAAAAGAAGACAGAAUAUUUGGAUAAAGUAUUUAUGCCGAAGAUCGAAGAUUUUGUUGUUAUUGGAAGAUUAACUUCCAAUGAUUUUGAAGUUUUAGAUCUCUUGACAGCUUUAGAGAGUUUCUUAAUAGAUCACAUUUGCUGUGUAAUUAUUGGUAUACUACAGGAUAUGUGGAUUUUAAGAGGCAAUUUUAGUCAAAGCGAUAGAAAGUUUGAUCUAAUAUCAAGAAAUUUUCAAAGCCCUGCUAUUUGCUUUGCGUUAUUAACAACGAUAAAAUCAAUAUCCCUUAAAGAUUUUCUUAAAGAAACCAUUGAUGAGAUUUUGGAUACAGGGGAUGACUUUUACAAACAAUCAGUACAGACAUUAUCAGAAAAAGAACAAUUUAACAAUAGGAUGUUAAUGCUAACGGAAAUAAACAAAAAUUUUAAAUGGAAAGAUAAAAUGGUAGAUUUUGACGUUGAAGAAUGCGUUUCUAAUGGCUUGUUUAAUUGCAAAGAUACAAACUUUAAUAAGGCAAUUAACAACUAUUUCAACAAUUUUGAUUCUGGAAUAAUAACCUGUCGUUCUAUGUCUGUUGUUCUUUGGAAAUCAGAAGACAAAUUUUAUUAUUUUGACAGCCAUAAUAGGAAUGAAAAAGGAUUAGCAACACCCUAUGGUACGGCCUGCAUUUUAAGAGCAUCUCAAUUAGAUAGUUUAAUUGAAGUUUUACUAGCAAAUUUUGCACCUACUCCAGAAAACUUUUACAAUAUACAUAAUGUCAAGGUGACUUUCUCUGAAAUGGAUGACGAUGAACUGAUACGUCCCGUUAUGGAGUUCUAUAAGAGACUUGGAGCAAACAAAUUAAUACUGAGAUCGCUUUACAGUGAAAUUUCUAAUAAAUACGAUUUAAAUGUUGGCAAACAAACUGUACCUAUGUGCGUAAUGGCGAUAGGUUUUAACAGGCUGAAACCCUCCAUAGAAUGGAAUCAACAGGAUAUCGAUGAAAUUCUCAACAAAGGAGAUGCAUUAUAUACUGAUUGUAUAUCAGAUAUACUUAAAGAGGAAGAAAUCAAGCAUUUGACACAGAUACGAACCGGAAAUGUUCUUCCAUUGGAUCAGACAACUGCAAAUGAAGUAAUAGAAAAUGGUGAGGAAGAAGUUGCCACACCAGAAGAGGAUGCCAAAAAAGGUAAUGAUUUGACGAAAUUAGAUGAAGAAAGUAAGCCAGAAACAACAGAUUUAGAAGGCUCAGUCAAAGAAGGUGAUGAAGAAGAGGAAGAUGAACACGCUCCAAUUCAGAUUACUUUAGAUAACAUGAAAAAGGAAUUUAAUAUUGGACUUAAUAAAUUUGAUCUAGUAGUUGAAACUGAAGCAGAAGGAUAUGUUAUUGGUUAUGAAGAUUGGAGUGAGUUACGUCUUCCCAAACCAAAAAAACCAAAGAGGCAUAGAAAAAUGAGAUCUAGACGUCAACAAAAGUUACACCACGAAGUAGAAGGAGACGAUGUUGUUCAGUCAGUUACUAAUUAUGAAACACUAGCCGAGAAGGGAGAAGGAGACUACACUAUGAUGGAUUAUUUGGGUGAAGGCGGUGAAGAAGAAGAACUUUUAUCAGAGGAAGAAUCCGAAAUUCAGUAUCCUCCAAUGAUUCACAGGGGUUCAGAUUUUUGGAGGGAAAAGGAAAAGUCGGGAAGGGCAUGUGUUUUGGCAUUUAACAAAUUUGAUGAUAUGGUUAACCACAUUUAUACCAAUAUCCCACCAAAACUUAUACCAGAAACCAAAUUUGAACUUAAAACGGUAAAACUUACAAACAACAAUGAUGUGAGGCAAAGAUUUAAUACAGAGUGUGAAAGGACUGAUGUUUAUUCAGGAAACUGGUACUUCUUUGAGGAAAUAGACAAAGGAAUGUGGAUAUUAAGAGGUACGAUGACUAUAACUAACGAAAUGUUUCCACAGCAGAACCGAGGAAAACAGCAACUGACUACAACAAUCGCAGCUCUAGCUGUAGCUUUCAUUUUCUGCGUAGUAUGCUAUAACGAUACCAGCGUUGAUUCCAUUUUAAAAUAUGGCGACAAAUUGUUUACAUUUAUCAAAAACUAUCGAAAAAAGCAGUUAAAACAGUUGACCUGCGAAUGUGAAAAUACCAGGAACAAACUUUGUGACGAAGAUAUAGGGUGGUUGAUUCAGAAUGAGGAGGUGACCCUUAACGACAUACCCAAGAAAUUUUGUAUCUCCAGGUUUAUGGUAAUCAUCAAUAUUGAACCUGAUGUAGUAGUGGGAGAUGUAAAUGCUCAAGAUUUUGAAGAUAUUAAUGAUGUUAAAAGAGGUUUAAGAAAAUUUUUUGAAAAUCAUCAGUUUGGUGUACUUCAAGCAAAAGGUCUAACAGUAGCAAUUUGGCGGGGAGCUAGAAUGUAUUAUAUGUUCGAUGGACUGAAUAGAGGUAGAAACGGAAUAGUAGCUCCAUAUGGAACAGCAUGCGUUACGAGGUUUUUAGAUAUCGAUAAACUUGCCGACGUAUUUUUAGCAAAUCUACCAAAAUAUGGAAACAACUGCUUUUUUAUACACAACGUGACCAUGGAAAAAGAUAUUUGUCCUAGAGCAAGAGAGCCGAAAUUUGUAAUACCACCACAAAAUACUGUCGCAUUGGGAGGAUUUCAAGAAGUUGCUGCCGGUAAAUCGAUUGUUAGAGGAAGCCUAACUCAAAACGAUCAAAAGUUUGAAAAAAUUCAAAACGCAAUGAGUGCCCCUGUAGCGAUUAUAGCAUUAGCAAUGACUCUAUUACAUAAAACAAACACCUGGUCUAAACCCAUUCUUGACGAGAUUAUUGAGCUUGGUUCAGAACUUUACGACGAAACUAUGGAAUUUUUGGGAUUAGAUUUUAAUCCAUGGGAAGAAAAACUAGAUGUAGCUAGAGUAAACACUCACUUUAAUAUUGGAGUUAUUAAAGCUAGUUGCGUGGUUAGAUUAACUGAGAUAAGAGGGAUUAUUGAUAUAAAUGAUCCUUGUACGCUUAGCUUGCGAAAAGGCUUAGAAAAAUUCUUUAAAAAAAAUUCUCACGGAAUAUUGGUUUCGGAGCCAUAUACGGUAGCCAUAUGGGAAGAAUAUAAUGAAGAUAAUAGACAAAUCAUUUACAUGUUUGAUCCAAACUCCAGAGACGCUGCAGGCAAGCCGGCUAUUGGAGGCACAGCAUGUCUGAUCAGUUUCUUUAAUUCUGAUAUGGUAAAUGAGCACAUAUUAAAGAAUAUUCUGGAACCUGAACAAACUACGUGUACUUUCGAAAUUAUACCAGUAGAGAUAAUUGUCGGAACCAUGAGAAUUCCACGUAAAACGGAACAUAUAAGGAGUGAAUAUUUGCCAAUUACCUCCACAAGAUGUACUGAAGUGGCGGAAGAUAAAAAGCUUCUACGAAAAUAUGCUGAACAUGAGAGACGCAAAAGGGAAGCAAAGUGCCGUCAGCAACUUGGACGUAAAGAUUACUAUAUAACGAAAACUGGAGAUGCGCUUCUUAGAGGAUACAGAAGCCAAAACUCCCAAUGUUUCAACGAUGCCUGCAGAAAUAAUCAAGACAUACCCAACUGCAUAGUAGCUCUAGUCAUGAACCAUCUGGUAUCCGUAGAACGUUGGACUUUCAAGAAUAUUGACCUUAUUUUAGUAACAGGCAAUCAGUUAUACGUUGACUCGUAUAUAGCGUAUGGACCAAAAGAUCUUAAACUCGGAAUGGAAAAUAUAGUGAGGAAGUUCUACUUGCAACAUUUGACAAUACAUGUUACCAUUUAUAAACCAAUUCUAAGCAAUGUUUUUACAGAAGAAUGUUUAAGUAAAACACUUUCAGUAUUUUUUACUCAAGAACAGCAUUGUAUAUUAAACCACCAGAACCAAUGGGUUGCUCUAUUCUUUAAAUCAGUGAAACCUGAAGAUCAAAUAUUUUUGGAAGCAAUGGAUAACUUAAUAACAGAUGAUAAGGUAAUUGAUAUUAACAUAUUUAAAUAUAUAAUUAGACAAAAAGAUACCCUAAUUAAAGAGCUAUACGGAAAAAUUGACCUUAUGAGUCAACAUAUUGAUUUACUAAAACAAUUAAAUUCGCAAAAAAAUGUUGUCGAAAAUCAAGAACAACUUAUACAUCAAAAUAAGGUAAUAAACAAAGACACACUUAUGGAUUCAGUCGAAACAAAAUCAGUUCGUCAACCCAUCAACGCGAACAAAGAUCGCACUGUUGCCAGUUCUUCCCAGAAAUGUGAAGUUACAAAGAAAGAUGUUUCAGAAGCGAUAUUACAAGUAACUACAGAACAAAAGUUAAAUGAGUACAUAUACAUAGGUGAAAGUAACCAGGAAAAAUCUGAAUGGACAGAAGUAGAUAGAAGAAAAAAAAGAAAGCAUUUAGUUGUGGGAAAAAACACUGAAAUGAUAUUAAAUGGAAAAGAAAUCAAGGGAGUACAUAAGUUGAUAGACCUACAUGUAUACAGGAUCGAUCCCGAUAUGACUGCGGAAAAUAUGAGGGAACUUAUGAAGACUACAUUUCCCGAAGUAGAGGUAGAAUCCCUAAAAUCAAAGCAUCCUGAUAUUUACAGUUCAUUUAAAGUUACAAUUUUUAAUAACAAUUUUAAAGAAGCUAUGUCUCCUAAAAUAUGGCCAUGUCAGUUCUAUAUGUUUGAUCCCCAUGAGCGUGACCUAGAAGGAUAUCCAAUAGGCCAGGAUUGCUGUGGAUGCGGUGCAGCGAUUCUAAUGAGAUUUAAUGACGUUGACAGGUUGGUGUAUCGGCUAAUAUCAAAUUUGACCCCUAAGCAUGUGGAAAUACAGGAACUAAAUCACGAAGCUGAGGAAUCAGAAAAUGAGGAUAAAUCUUUAUUUACAUUGUGGUUGGCCUCUAUUGAAAUCAAAUAAUUUUAUUUUCACAGUUCCGUGAAACCAAACUUUGGAAUGACAGUCAGAACGAUCAGCAAUAUCUACGUUUUAAAAUGUAUUGCUGAUUUAUUUUAAAUGAUAUUUACUAAUAGUUUGUUUUUGUUUAUUCAAAUUAAAUUGAAUUAAAUUUGU